AUGGACAGACUAAUCAAACCAGAAGUUCAAGAACUCAACUUGGCAUUCAUCAAAGGUCAGAAAUGCAGCCAAACAUUCAACCUCAGAAACCUAAUGCACACCAUGCCAGUUGCAGUUUCCCUCACAUCAACCGAUCCAUCGGUUUUCUCUCUCCACCCUUGUCUCUCUGUCAUCCCACCUCUCUCCACUGCCUCCUUCUCCCUCUCCUUGACCAAGCCUUAUGAUCAGCCUCCUCUCUCCACCCCUCCCGCCGCCGUCGUCGUCCGUUCCUCAAUGCUUCCCACGAGAAAAGCCAGCCAUGAUCAUCUCCUCCAUCUCUUCUCCAAGCCAGGCCCUCAUAUCUUCAAGGAUGCCACCAUUCCCAUCUCCCUCGUCGGCCUCAACGUCGCGCAGUUUCUUCUCUCGCCUUGUUCCAAUUCCCUCGAGCUCGAUUUCCAGUUCUCCAAGGCCAUCUCCGUCUGUGAUGAGCAACAGCUCACCUCUCUGCUCAGAGCUGCCGUUGCAAAUGGGAAAUCUUACUUGAUUUCCACUCUGAUCGAGGCAGGUGCUGAAGUUAGCUGCAGAGAGAGGUCUGAUGAUGAGGAAUCUCUGUUGUGUUUAGCAAUUAGGUCUGAAAGGAUUGAGUCUCUGCAACUCUUGAUUGAAUCUGGAUGUGCGGUUGACCCUAGAGUUGACCUUUUGUUACACGCGGCCGUUGCUGUGAAGCGCGUGGACAUGAUGGAGAUCGUGUGUCUGAGCUACGUGGAUCUCGACUUGAACGCAGUGGAUGUGCAGGGCAGGACUGCCCUGCACAUCGCUGCGCUGAAUGGCCACGUGGAGGCCAUUCAGUUUCUUGUCUCGGUGGGCGCUGACGUGGACGUGACGGACCACGAGGGGUGGACCCCGCUGCAUUUUGCAGCGGAGCACGGGCACCUGGACGCGGUGGAGCGUCUGCUGGGGCACGCGGUGUUUGCCAAGUACGCGGUGAACAGGGACGGCAAGACGGCGUUUGGGCUGGCGGUGGAGCGGGGGAACUCGCACCUCUACGACGCGCUGCAGCUGGGGGACGUGCUGCAGAGGGCGGCGCGUGUGGACGACGUGCACACGAUGAAGAGCUGCCUGGCUCAGGGGGCGAAGGUGAAUGGGGUGGAUCAGAAUGGGUGGAGUCCCCUGCAUAGGGCUGCCUUCAAGGGGCAUUUGGAGAGUGUGAGGAUUCUUGUGAGCCACGGGGCUCGCCUCGAUUCCGUUGAUGGAUCGGGCUACACGCCGCUGCUCAGGGCGGUCGAGGCGGGACAUGUUGAGGUAGCCAUGUAUCUCUUGUCACAUGGGGCUAAAGCUAGCCUUAAGAGUUUAGGUGGGCUGGCCAAGUUUGAUUUGGAGGGUUUCAACAACCAUCCUUCUCUUGUUAACCCUUUACAUUAG